AGCAACAGCCCCCUCCAUUACGGACCUAUAAAUGUGUCUUCUCACACUGCUCUAAAACGCCCCAUUCUGACACGCUGCUGAAAUCGCUGAACUCAACGUAAAGAUGUCAGACCUGGAGAACUGCCUGGGAACCAUCAUUGAGGUCUUCCAUAAAUAUUCAUCAAAAGAAGGCGACAUAUACAAACUAAAGAAAAGUGAACUCAAGGAACUGCUCACCAACGAAUUUCCGUCCCUCAUCGAGCAAGUGAAAGAUCAAGCUACAAUGGACAGUUUGAUGGAAAGCUUGGACACCGACGCCGACUCGGAAUGCGACUUUCAGGAGUUCAUGACCUUCAUCACCAUGGUUACCAUCUGUUGCCAUGAGUUUUUCAAACACCAUGAGGACGAAUGAGUCGAAUUCAGCACUUAUGUCACUAUAGUCUGAUUUCCGUAGCUUAAUAAAUCAUGAUAUAUUCCUUCUCUUUAAUUUUGCUUUGCACUUCAUAUCAUAGAAUUGUGGUUUGGUUCGGCCAGGAUGUACAUGUAACUUGUUUCGUAAGGCUUGUUUUGUUUUUCGAAUGUACCUUGACAGCAAUUGAUAUUUUAUUUUGAAUCAUUGCUCUGUUAUUUUGCCUUAAAGUUUUUCUCAGAACAGGCCAAUCUGGCGCACUUGUCACUUCAAUUCCAGGCUGAUUGUGAAAUGUAUUUCUGAUUAGCUUUAGGCUAUUAGGCUGCUAUCGACUUGUGUCUAUUGUUCUGAG